UAUGACUGUGUGUAAAACCACACACCAACUUUUUCUUAAUGUCUGAGUAUUUGGUGUGUUAUUAAAUAAUAGUGUUAGUGACAUUUACAGACAGCGGAAACCAGUGUGUGUAUCUGUGUGUGCGCGCGCAAUUGUAUGUGUAUGGGUGUGUGUGUGCAUGUGAAAGGUGUAAAGCACACAUCAGUCAGACUGCAGAUCAGAUCAGGGAGGGGCAGGACAAUUGCGCCUGGGCACGGUUCGGUUGGUUUGGGUAGUAUGAGCGCGCCCUUAGUGUCUGAUGGAUUCCAGUAGGAAGCAGACCAUUUUAAGAGAGGGAAAGUUAAUGAAACAGACAAAUUUUCAGCGCUGGAAGAGACGCUAUUUUAAACUGCGGGGGAGAACGCUAUACUACGCUCAGACAUCCAAGUCAAUCAUAUUUGAUGAAGUGGAUUUGACAGACGCCAGUGUAGCUGAAUCCAGCACCAAGAAUGUUAACAACAGUUUUACUGUAAUCACUCCGUGUCGUCGUUUGAUUCUCUGUGCUGAGAACAGAAAAGAGAUGGAGGAAUGGAUCGCAGCAUUAAAGAGUGUUCAGAACAGGGAACACUUUGAGUCCACACAGUUCAGUAUGGAUCAUUUCUCUGGGAUGCAUAACUGGUACGCCUGUUCUCACGCUCGCCCCACAUACUGUAACGUCUGUCGGGAGGCUUUGUCUGGUGUCACAUCACACGGGCUGUCCUGUGAAGUUUGUAAGUUUAAAGCACACAAGCGUUGUGCAGUAAGAGCCACUAAUAACUGUAAAUGGACGACACUGGCAUCUAUCGGCAAAGAUAUACUUGAGGAUGAGGAUGGGAUCUCGAUGCCUCAUCAGUGGUUGGAGGGGAAUCUACCCGUCAGUGCUAAAUGUACAGUGUGUGAUAAAACCUGCGGCAGUGUCCUCAGACUUCAGGACUGGCGGUGUCUAUGGUGUAAAGCCAUGGUGCAUGCUGGGUGUAAAGAGCAGCUGUCCAUCAAAUGUCCACUGGGUCAGUGUAAAGUAUCUGUGAUCCCACCCACAGCCCUCAACAGCAUCGACUCAGACGGAUUCUGGAAGGCGUCGUGUCCUCCGACAUGCACCAGCCCGUUGUUGGUUUUUGUCAACAGUAAAAGUGGAGAUAAUCAGGGCGUGAAGUUUUUACGACGAUUCAAACAGCUGUUAAACCCCGCUCAAGUCUUUGACCUGAUGAAUGGAGGACCGCACCUGGGUUUACGUUUGUUUCAGAAGUUUGACACGUUUCGUAUUCUGGUGUGCGGUGGGGAUGGCAGCGUGGGCUGGGUUUUAUCAGAGAUUGAUUCACUGACUCUACACAAACAGUGUCAGUUGGGCGUGCUUCCUCUAGGAACAGGAAAUGACCUGGCAAGAGUUUUGGGGUGGGGCUCAGCGUGUGAUGAUGACACCCAGUUACCCCAGAUACUGGAGAAACUGGAGCGAGCCAGCACCAAGAUGCUGGACAGAUGGAGUAUUAUGGUAUAUGAAACCAAGUUUCCACGGCAACACUCCAGCUCCACAGUGACAGAGGACUGUAGUGAUGAUUCUGAGGUGCAGCACAUUCUGACCUACGAGGAUUCGGUCGCCGCGCACCUCUCCAAAAUAUUGACGUCUGACCAACACUCAGUGGUCAUCUCCUCUGCGAAAGUCCUAUGUGAGACCGUAAAGGAUUUUGUUGCGAGAGUCGGCCGUGCAUAUGAGAAAAGCUCAGAAAGCACGGAGGAAUCGGAGGUUAUGGCUAAAAAGUGUGGUGUUUUGAAAGAGAAGUUGGACUCUUUACUGAAGACGCUCAAUGACGAAUCCCAGGCCACGACCGUGAUGGCCACGCCUCCUCCCACCAUCGCAGAGGAGCAGGAUGAUGGAGAGUGUGUUGUGCUGGUUCCGCCCAAAGCCCCGCCCACAGUCACAGCUCCCUGCUCGCCCCGCCCAACCGCUCCCAUUUUUAAGCCUCGAGAGCAGCUGAUGUUACGCGCUAACAGUCUGAAGAAAGCCAUCAGACAAAUCAUAGAGCACACAGAGAAAGCUGUGGAUGAGCAAAACGCUCAGACUGAGGAGGUGUUUGUCUCUGUACCUACUGAAGAGGAAGAGGAAGAUGAUGAAGCAGAUAAAUUAUCUCUACAAUCCUCAUACAGUAACAGAGCUCGACCCAGUAGAAGAGCCUCCAAGACUCCAUGUGAGAAGCUCAUCUGUAAAGGAAGUCUAUCGAUUGGCAGCUCCGCCUCACUUCCUGUUCAGACAGGAAGUAGGGACAGUAUGCCCAUGCUGAACACCAAGAUCCUCUACCCAAGUCUCAGGGCAGGUGUUUCAGGCUCUUUUAGUGGUUCGGUCAUCAGCAGGCUGUUGGUCAAUGCUGACCCGUUCAGCUGUGAUCCAGAGAACCUGGAUCUCUAUACAGAGAAAUGUGUGAUGAAUAAUUAUUUUGGAAUCGGUCUGGAUGCCAAAAUAUCUUUGGACUUUAACAACAAACGUGAUGAGCAUCCAGAAAAAUGCAGAAGUCGCACUAAGAACAUGAUGUGGUAUGGAGUCCUGGGUACUAAAGAACUUCUGCACAGAACCUACAAGAACCUGGAGCAGAGGGUUCUGCUGGAGUGCGAUGGCAGGCCCAUUCCUCUCCCCAGUCUCCAGGGAAUCGCUGUAUUAAACAUUCCCAGUUACGCUGGAGGAACAAACUUCUGGGGUGGAACCAAAGAAGACGAUACAUUUACUGCGCCGUCAUUCGAUGAUAAGAUCCUGGAGGUGGUUGCUGUAUUCGGCAGUAUGCAGAUGGCUGUUUCUAGAGUCAUUAACUUACAGCAUCAUCGUAUCGCACAGUGUCGGACGGUUAAGAUCACUAUUCUGGGUGAUGAAGGUGUACCUGUACAGGUGGAUGGAGAGGCCUGGAUUCAAUCGCCCGGAUACAUCCGGAUCCUUCACAAGAACCGAACGCAAACCCUCACCAGAGACCGGGCGUUUGAGAAUACUUUAAAGUCAUGGGAGGACAAACAGAGAGUUGAGAUACCGCGUCUGGUAUCCCAGCAUGCAUCACAGCCCGAAAUUGUUUCUGAAGACGAAACCGCUCAGAUCAGUCUGUUUGGACAGGCAGCUGGAGCAUUGAUACACAGUAUUAGGGAAGUAGCGCAGUCUCAUCCCACCAUCGAACAGGAAUUAGCUCAUGCAGUCAACGCCAGCUCUAAAGCCAUGGACCUCGUGUACGAAAACUCCAAGACAAGCGGGGAUUUGACCUGUAAUGUGGUGAUGCAGAUGGUCAGUGAUGUUAAAGCGUUACACAGUGAGACAGAAUUACUGCUCACAGGAAAGAUGUGCCUGCAGUUGGAUCCUCCUCAGAGAGAGCAGCUGAUUGGUGCGUUGAGUUCUGUCACUCAACAGUUACGAAGACUGACGGAAAUCAGCUGGCUCAGUCAACUCAUUGAUCCGGCUGACGAUGAGGUACAGCUCUCUGAUUUCACCAAGAGGAGUCGCAGUGCUAAAUUCCGACUCAAAUUCAAGAAAGACAAGAACAACAAAAAUAAAGAGACGUGUGCCGCCUUCAACGUACCUGUGCAUCAGUGGGGUGUAGAUGAGGUGGGCAUCUGGUUGGAGAUGCUCUGUUUAUCGGAAUAUAAGGAGAUCUUUAACAGACACGACAUUAGAGGACCAGAGUUACUUCAGCUGGAAAGGAGAGACCUCAAGGACCUGGGAGUGACUAAAGUCGGCCAUAUGAAGCGGAUCUUGCAGGGUAUCAGAGAUUUAAGUCCAAACUGCACCACCAGCGAAGCCUAAACGCUCAGCAGCCAAUCAGAUGCCUCAUUUAGACGUGACGCAGCUUAUCAAAUGCUAAGUCACGACUUAAACCAGCCAUACGCAGCCCGCCGCCUCAUAGGGACCAAUGUUGAGCUCGACCAAUCAUAGUGCCUUCUCUCCUCUACCUUUGUGACAUCAUCAUUUUAAGUAAAACUGUUUUACUACCUAAGGGUGCGUGCACACCAAGGCGUUUACGUCGGCGUAUGUUUUCAAUUGUUUCCAAUGGAAGCACCGUGCUUUUCAGAAAUGCCAGCAGCUGGCGGCUUUUCCCCCGCUGAGUAGAGGUGGGGGACAAAAUCGAUUCUUAAGGGCUAUUUAUAGUCGUGCGUAGGUCCUACGGCGUAGCCGCGACAGCGUAAGUUCCGUGUCGGUUUUCAUUUAUACUUUUGCGUCGACGUGCAAACACCCCCGCAGACCGCUGGUAGGCAGUAACCACGCAUGUAACCACAGUAGCAGCAGCAGAAGUCACAGAAGAAGAAGCUAAGCAAGUUAACCCACAAACGAAGAAGAAACAGCAACUUGUUGUGUAUAAUUUGAGAAGACCAGCAAUGAUGAAAGUAAAUAAACAGCGACUUUUGAUGCAGUUUGAGUUAAAUCACUCCUCAACUUGGCUCAUCUUUGUUUUCACCGUCACAAACGGAAAUACCUAUGACGCAGUUUUUUUUACCUGACGGGAGGGGUUCUGGUGGACCAAUCACAGCGCUUGCGGUCCGCGUAGAUCUGACGCAGAGCUACGCUGUACUAUAAAUCGCCCUUUAGAUGCAUCGCGAUGCGGGACGUGGUGGAUUCUGAAUUGAUUCACAAAUGUCAAAAAUCGAUUUUCUGGAAAAAAGUUUUCUAAUAAAGUAAUAUUGACGGAAUGCAAAAGGCGGAACUCAACAGUUCACAAAACACACACAAAAAAAAGAUUCAGAUAAUCUAAAAUCGUUUUUAGCAUCGCAUCGCCGCCCUCUGAAUCGUAAUCGAAUCGUGAGAUGGCUAGAGAUUCCCACCCCUACCGCUGAGCGCCCAGGCUUGGCUUUCUUUCUGUGGUCAGCGCUGAGUGCCCAGAAUUGAAAAAUUUUCAACUUUGGGGGAAACGCUCAUUAAUGUCACUUCUCACUUGGCCGUCGAAUCACAGUGGAUGAGGGGCGGGACAAAUAUCACAACGACUGAUAAACAAACCAGAAGUAUCAUAGCAACCAAAGCGCUUGGCUAAAAAAAUGCUGGCAUGCGCCCACAGUCAGCGUCCGCCUGGCCUUUGUAGUCGUGUUCUUCGCUCUAGAUUACUUGCAGUAUUUAACUUCCUGUCAUGCAAAUGUUUCGCUUGAGUUGAAUAUUUUCAACUUGCGUCAACUUUGUAUGUAAUCUACUAGCACAAAACGUUGAAUUACGUUAAGCAUUACGUUCCUCGCAGUAGAUUACUGGCGGUAUUUAACUUCAUGUCACGCAAAUUUGUCGGUGCGAUUGCAACGAAAACACUCGCUUUUCGCCUCAAACACUUAUACGAUAUCAAACACAAAUUUUCCAACUUGCGCGAAGACCCAUUAGAGGGAAAUAGCGGCAGUCACCCCACGCUAGUUUGCAUCUAUUCAUGUAUUUGUAUUGACAGUAUGUAAUCUACUCGAGUAGUAUGUAAUCUACUCGAGUAGUAUGUAAUCUACUCGAGUAGUAUGUAAUCUACUCGAGUAGUAUGUAAUCUACUCGAGUAGUAUGUAAUCUACUCGAGUAGUAUGUAAUCUACUCGCGCAAAUCAUUGAAUUCGCGUUUGGUGUGUACGCCCCAUAAGAGUAGAGGGGGAGAUUUAUCAAGAGCCAUCAAUGAGAAAAUGGGAAAACAAAGUUGGGCUCAUGUUUUAGUAUGGAGAGUGAUUUCUAAAAACAACAUGAAAUCCAGAUUGGCCAUAUUUGUUUCCUGCUGUUUGUUUUCACAAUCUUUCAUCAAAAUGUAAGAACUUUCUCCACCUCUGAAAUAUCAUUACUAAUGAUGUAAACAAGACCAAGUGCCUGGGGAUAUCACAGAUCAGUUGAAUGAUCCAAGCAAUUCACCACUAAUAGAUUGAAACAUUCCUGGAUAUUGUGACGUGAUUUAAAUGGCAUUUUCGUGUUGUUUUUAAAACGUUUAUUACCCACACGCAGAAGGGGGGCAGAUAUACGUGAACACGCACAGCACAAGUCUCUUGUGAACUCUCUUUGACUUCUUGACAAUCAGUCUUAUUGACCCGGAUCAAUCAUCCUCUUUUCCACAUCUUCUUCCUCCACAUGUGUGUAAACAGCAGGGCUUUGUCAUGGAGGCCUUAAGCAACCUUUCACCAGCAUUCACGGAUCAAUCUGAGCAUGUGACUCUUAAAGUAUCCUACAAACGCUUUCUCUCAUCUUGCAAACGGCUUUGAUCCAGAAACGAUCACAUCUACAAUCAGUUUUAGCGUUUGGUUAAGAAAGGUUGCUUUCAACAGCAGGUGAAUAUUUUAAGAUGCCACACUGAUCCUGAAUUAUAUACUGCCAUACGGGAAGUAUUUUGAGCACCAAAUACUGUACAUUUAUUUGUAAGUGCAACAAGUUUAAGUUGGUUUGUUAGAAAGAUAACAAGAGCCUCAAUGUUAUAAGCAAACCUACUAAAAUGUGCAGAAGAAUAUAGUACUAAAUACUGUUUCAUGGCCAGUAAAUAUCACUAACUGAAAGGUGCAGAAAAGUUUGUUUGGACCCUGUGUACGUUACACUUGCCUUAAGAGCAGAUGACAUGUGAUAUUGAGCUUUUAAAUGCUUUAUCUGGGCUAAAACAAUGACUGGUGUUUAUGACAAACACUAUAUUAACCCUUUAAACAUCGUAUACACUCCACAUGUAUGUGAGAGAGACAACUAACCAGAGGAUUUGUAGUAGGGUCAGAUCAGACCCGAGGAGCAUCCGAUCUCUCUGACUGUUAAAUAUUUAUUUUAAUGAUAAGUUAUAACUGAAUACAUUCAUGUGACUGCUUGUCCAUCUCUUAUUAGUGUUUUUUUAUUUUUUAUGUACAUAGGCCAUCUUUAAGAAUGUAAAUACCUUCUUUGUGUACAGUGAAACAUCCUGAAUUAAAAUCAGGUCUGUGUUUAAACCUCA